AAGGAGUGGUGGAACAACAACGACUGGAAGCAGGACGCCUACCAGGAGCCCGAGACCCAGGAGGUGCUCAUCUUCGGCUUCAGCGCGCGCGCGCGGGCCGUGGCCAGCCUCAGGGUCAUGGCCUUCGUGGAGAAGGACACGGCGGGCUAUCCUCCCGGCCUCCAGUGGACCCCGGCCGCGUCCGACGAGGACGGGCUGGCCAGGGACGUUGUCGAGCUAGGGGAAGACCAGGUCAGCAGUGUGACGCCUUCCCAGAUCACGGCGGCUCAGACAGCUGCGGGCUGCGGCAUGGAGCUUUUUGGUAACCGUCUCGCCAUCGUGGGCAGCAGCACGGAGCGCCGGAUGGGGCAGGA